AGUCCACGUGAAGUUGCAAAGGCGGAAACCGCCCCAAUUGCGCCUCUCUUAUUAUCGUGUCAAAUGAAUUAAUGAAUUGCUCUUCAUUUAUUGUUUCAACCUUAAUUGUUACGGGAGCCAAUAAUUCUGUAUGAUUGAUUACACCUUGUAAAAGUUUGUUUUUUUUUCUGAACUUUAUUAACAGGUAUAUUUUUUAAGGGUUAAUAACGUUAAAACAGUUUGAAUGUGCGCGAAGGAUAGGUCAGUGGUUCUGUUAAAUAUCUACAUUUAGAGGAGCGAUGCAAUGACUCAGAGCAAUCUAACAACUCCGGAUAAACACCAUGGUGGUAUACGCACCGUUACUGAAGAGAAGUUGAUGGUGGCGGUGCGUGUGCGACCGCUGCGCAACGAUGAAGGUCCUCGCAUCGUGCACGUGGUCAGCGAUAAGAUGCUGGUUUUAGAAGAGGAGGCAGACAGUCGACGUGACGUUCUGCGACAGCGUCGACUCAACGAUAAACAUUACGUAUAUGAUCGAGUUUUUGGCGAGGACAGCACGCAAGAAGAUGUUUACGACACAGUUUGUGCCCCACUGGUGGGCGAUACUUUGCGGGGGUUUGCCGGGGCUGUGUUCGCUUAUGGAGCGACUGGGGCCGGAAAGACUCAUACCAUGACCGGGCUAAUGUCGCGUGCAUUGAACCAUCUCUUCACGAGCAUUGCUGAGAGCGAACAUAAGUCUCACGAGGUAAAGAUGUCAUACAUAGAAAUAUACAACGAAAAUAUUAGAGAUUUAUUGAACCCGAGUGCAGGAACUUUGGAACUGAGAGAUGAAGGUGGAAGCGGGGCGCCGGUGGUGGCGGGCUUGAGCGAGGUGCGUGCCACCAGCGCGGCGCAUGUCGCCGAGCUACUGGCGAGAGGUGACCGUGCGAGAACCGCUGAACCUACACAUGCCAAUCAGCACUCCUCUAGGGGGCAUGCGUUACUUAGUGUUACAGUAAGUACAGAAGUAGAAGGCGGCGUACAGAGAGGGCGGCUGUUUCUUAUUGACUUAGCAGGUUCGGAACGCGCUGGAUUGCGCGCGCGCAGGCUCGAGGGCGCACACAUUAAUAGGUCGUUGCUGGCACUCGGAAAUUGUAUAAUGGCGCUCUCUGGCGGGGCCAGAUACGUGAAUUAUCGUGACUCGAAAUUGACUCGACUACUGCGGGAAGUGCUGGGUGGUCGAUGUCGAACGGCCAUGGUGGCGCAUGUGGCCCCUGGACACGCCCAUCGUGAAACUACUCGUUCCACUUUGCACUAUGCUCAAAAAGCCUCUUCCAUCACCAAUAGGGUCGAACGGGAAAUGGUGGAAACACCUAUGCAUUUAUCGCAAUAUCGUACAGUCAUAAGUGAGUUGCGAGAAGAGAUAGCACGACUAAAAAUGAAGAUGAAAGACGACCGUACAAGGUCUAAAGAAGAACAUCACAUAGAAGAAGAGGUAAAUAAAGAGGAUGCCGCAGAAAGUGCUGCGCAUUUGAAGUCUUUGCGGGAAGCAAUCGUAUCGACUUUUAAACAACAGAUGCGUUUACGGCGAAGACUGAUGGAACUAGAUAGUCAUCUAUUAGGGUUGGCUCUGGAUGCAGAGAGACAGCAUGCAGCUAUAUCACAUUGGGAGGCAAGGUUCAACCGCUUGUACAAACCAAUCAAUAUGCCCGGCUCCAGACUUAGCACGCAACAAAGCUACAGAGGUGGUACUGGAUUGUCCACCAGCAGUAGUGAGCGAGCCGAAGCAGAGGUUGCGGUGGAGCAGGCGUGGGCGGAACUCGCUGCCGUUGAACGAGAACAGGAGAAUGCUCGGGCCGAGCGCGAGCGAGUGGAGCGUCAGCUCGAGCAAGUCCGACUGAGGGGGGCACAGCUUGAGCAGGAAUUACCUGCACGCAUAAGCAGCGGUCCUGAGCGAGAAGUACUGGCACUGGUGUGCCGUGUGCACGAAUUAGAGGCAGACAAGCUGGCUCUGCAAGGAGAGCGGGCGGCACGAGCUCACGAGCUGCGCCGCCGCGACCUGGCGCUGCAGCGACGAGACGCACAGCGGCGACUCUCCGACGAAAUUAUCACUCGACAACGAAGAACGCUUGAAGAAAUGGGCAUAGGCGUGCCACCGGAAUUGGCGCAACUGUACGAGUUGUACCAGCAGGAAAUACAUGCUUCUACGUACACUGAGAGCAACGACAUCUACACACCGCCAUAUCGCUUACCACCUAUUUCUACGAGUCUGUCGGAGCUGACAUGGUCUGAAAGUUCGAGCGGGUCAGGGCGCGGUUCCAGCUCGGGCUCAGGCGGCACGCUGGCUUUAGAUCAUCGGCUACCACGUUUAGCUCCUACACCCCGGCCUCGAACUAGAUAUAGCCAGGCCAGUGCAGCCACCAUGAAACGAUAUGCGAGUGACGACAGCCUGGUGAUGGUAGCGCCCCGCGGCGGUGAUACGGCCGCACCUUGAGACAACAUGAGGCAAGUCAUGUCUGGAGAAUAUCAUUUAUAUCACUAAAAGUGAUAAUAUGUGGAUUUCGAGUUUUGCAGAUGCAAGUAUUUGUCUUGGCUACGUUAUAAGUAACGAUGGAUGUAAUUUGAAAAGCACUUGGAGUCGAUUCUAUUCAACAAUGCUGCUUAAUGUAGGUAUGUCUUUGUCGGAUUGUCUAUCAACUGAUAUGUCAGGAAUCUUUUAAGUUUUAUAGGAAUUAUUAAAACUGCAUUUUGUUAAAUUGUUGUUUGGUAGGUGUGAUGUAAUCACGUCCAUCAUUAAUAAAUAAUUGUUUAAAAUUAUAUUACAAACUGUUUCUAAAGAAUUCUCAAAUAUUUUCAUAUUGUUAUAAGUCAAAAUAGAAAGAGAAAGUAUUUGCCAAUGACUUCCGCUUCUAUAAUUACGUACUUUAUUUGUUGGUAGAUUAUAAUUGUGUGCUUUAUACAUACUUAAUAAUAUUAAAACUACUUGUAACAAUAAUAAUUUAUCAGUUUGUAAGUACGAAUAUGUCUAAAUUUGUGUUCAUGUUAAAUAAAUGUGAUUCGUGUUCAA